AUGUCGUGGGUUGAAAAGGCAUAUCCUAAAUACCAUUUCAAUUAUGGUGUUAAAGAUGGUCACACAGGCGAUAUCAAGGAGCAAUCGGAAGAACGCGAUGGAGACGUGGUGAAAGGCGAGUAUUCUUUGGUCGAGCCCGAUGGCACUGUCCGAAAAGUGGAAUACACCGCGGACGAUCACAACGGAUUCAACGCGGUUGUGUCCAAGUCCGGUCACGCGGUCCAUCCAGCUCAGCAUGCGAAAAUAGCCGUUCCCAUAGAAUCGCAUGGAUACUACCAUCAUUAAGUCUAAUCAUAUACCUUAUUAGUUAGUAUUUAAUGACAGGUGCACAUUAUUUGUGCAAGAAGAAUUUCAUCAACGUCAUCGUGGUAUGUUUGGUUGAUGAUGGUUAUGAAUGGUGGGAUUGAUUGCUUAGAUAGUAUUGCACAAACCGUCUACGAUGCUGUUGCAUCUGUCUGAUUGUCUAUCUUCUUAAUCAAUUAUACAUACCCACUUAUGUAUCUGUAUCUCGCAUGUUUGUUUGUGUGCAUGUGUACAUACUGCGAUAUCUAUGUAAAAUAUGAUGUUACUUGCACAACACUGUAUUCGUGAG